CGGAAGUCCGGGCAGUUGGGGAAGGGGCUGGCAGCCACAACACCCAGACGGGCUCCCCCAGCUCCCGGGGCCUCGCCCCACUCCGCCCCACCUCGCCCCACCUGGCUGGUGAUGUCAGGACGCCACUUGUGACGUCACGGUCGGGCCCCGGGGGGUUCCACGCCGGGCCCGUGCAGAGGAGGAGCGGCCCGUGGCGGCACGUGAAGCUGAUCCGAUGAAACCGGUAGCUCCCAAGCCGUCUCCGCCCAAGUUGUUCGAAAAGAAGCAGCGGGCAAAGAUCCCUGAACAGUCCACACCCCCCAUUCAGGAAGAACCUGAGCCUGUUAGCAAUGUCCUACAAGGAGAUGACAUUCUGGCCUUGGCCAUUAAGACGGAAAACUUGAAGAAGCAACACAUUCCUCGCUUUAUUGAAACAGCAGAUAAAUCUGACAUUACCCAGAAAUUUCUCAUCCGUAAAGUCAAACCCAAGGAUCCUGGGAGGAAGGUCUGCCACUUUGUAGCACACCCUGCCGCUCCAGAUGCCACCACGAAGCCCCUGGACUACUCCGGCCCCCGUGAGAGUUUCUAUAGCGGCAACCAGAUCCUGCCCCACCACAUCCUGGGGAGUCUCCACGACUUCAGGAGAAUUGCAGUUGCUCAAGGGAACAUGGAGCUGGCUGAGCUGAUCCACACCCCACCCUGCCUGAUGACCCUCGACCCAGCUGCAGAAGAGCCGAAGCAGGAAGCCCCCAAAGAGGAGAAGCCACCUCCCUGGGCCCCACCUCCCCAGCACAACUUUAUGAAAAACUGGCAGCGCAACCUGGCCCUGUGGAAGAGGCAGCAGGAGGCCCUCAGCAGACUCCUGAAGAAACCUGUCGGCGAGCUGCUGAUGCACAUCGGGGAGACCUACAGACAGAUCCAGGAGGAGCGGGCGGUCAUUGACCGAAUCUUGCCCACGCAGCAUGAUGGGAAGUGCUCUGAGGAGUCCAGUGGGUUCUGGAGUCGACUGGAAUACUUGGGGGAUGAAAUGAGGGGUCUGGUCAUAACGAAGACAAAAAGUCAGCGCGGCCUCCUGGAGCCCAUCACUCGCAUCAGGAAGCCGUACUCCAUCCAGAAGGAGAUGGGAUUGCUGGCCCGGAAGGACGCGCGGUACCGCUACACCUGGGACCGGAGUCUGUUCCUCAUCUACCGCCGCAAGGAGCUGCAGCGCAUCAUGGCGAAGCUAGGCUUCAGCCAGCAGGAUAUUGAUGGCCUGGAGGUGGUGGGCAGAGGGCAGCCUUUCUCAACGGUUACAGUGAAAGACUUUUUAGUGUUUGAAAAGAGCCAGAGAAGUUCCUCUGGAGACCUAAGGAAUGCAGAUUUAUUGACCCGUUACCAGGAGACGGCCCCCAUGCCUAUUCUCGGCCCUUCUCUGCUGUUCUGCGGGAAGCCGGCCUGCUGGAUCCGAGGCAGUAACCCGCAGGACAAGAAGCAGAUCGGCAUCGCUGUCCGCCUGACCUUUGAAACUGUGGAAAGGGAGAAAACGUCUUCGGAACUGACCGUGGUCAAUAAUGGCACCGUGGCCAUUUGGUAUGACUGGCGGCGGCAGGUCCAGCCGGACGCUUUCCAAGACCUGAAGAGAGACAGGACACAGCAGUUUUACUUUAAUAACCGGGAAGGUGUGAUUCUGCCUAGAGAAACGAAGACCUUCACCUUCUUCUUCAAGUCUGUGAAUGCCGGGAUCUUCCGGGAAUUUUGGGAGUUUGGAACUCACCCCACCCUGUUAGGGGGUGCCGUCCUGCAGGUCAAUCUCCACGCCGUCUCCCUGGCCCAGGACAUUUAUAGGGAUGAGAGGACGUUACUGGAGAAGGAGCUGGCCUCCCACGAGGCGGUCACCAUCGCGCAGAGCAUACUGCAGGAGCUGCUGGGCGGCAUCCUGACCCCCGAGCGCGUGCCGUCGCCCGUGGACGCCUACCUCACGGAGGAGGACUUGUUCUACCACAGGAACCCCCAGCUGCAUUACCAGCACCAAGUAGUGCAAAACCUGCAUAUACUGUGGCACCAGUACAUGGUCCUGCCCUACAAGGCCGAGGAAGGCAGGCCAAACGACGACGAGCACGCGGGCCUCCGGGCCUGGGCAGCCAGGACCCAGCCAGGCUAUCUGAACAAGUCCCCGGUGCAGGUGGACUCUUUGACCUACCCUAAGGGCUCCGCCUUGGAGCCCCAGCAGGAGAAUGCGUACUUCAAGGAAUCCCAAGAUGGUUUCAGGCCCCAGAGGGUCCGAGUAGGGGCCAAGACUUCUCCGUGGAAGAGCAUCAUGGAGGAGAUCCUGGUGGAGGGCAGCCGGGACGGGGACAGCACCAAGAGCCCCUGGGAGCAGGCGGGCCUCCCGCCGCCCGAGUGGAACUUCUGCCUGGAGGACUUCAGGGAGGAAGUGAUGAUGCUUCCCGAGGAGAACCAGAGAGAAGAUGCCCUCAUCAGGCUCAACAAAGCAGCCCUGGAGCUGUGCCAGGGACAGAGGCCACUGCAGUCUGACUUCCUGUACCAGAUGUGUUUUCAGCUGUGGCGGGACGUGAUUGACGGCCUGGUGAUCUGCUCCCUGUGGCUGAGGGCUCUGCUGGGCCUGCCUGAGAAGGAGACCAUCUAUCUGGACAUUCCGGAAGAGCUCGAUCAGAAAACGCCUUCCACCAUAGAGACAAAGGUGACUUCCGGGAGAGCUGGGAAGGAGGACCGGAAAGGGGUGGCCCAGGAAAGGAAGCAGUUGGGAAUCAAAGAUAAAGAAGAUAAGAAAGCAGCCAAGACGCCAGGGAAAGAGGCAGGUUCCGGGACACGGUCUGGCCCGGGGCCACACGGGGCUCUCGCAGUGGCUGUUCUGGAGCAGGCCCCGGACCUCCCUCCGGAGCUCACGAAGGCGACGCGUGUCUCCUCUCUCCGAGCAGGACCGUCUGAACAGCAAGAAGCUGAAGGCAAAGGACGACAAGAAACCUGCGAAAUCUUCCAGUCGGGACAGGCUCUACGUGGAGGACCCUGCCCCCGACAUCAUCGUCGCAUCUCAGGAGCCCAUCGAUCCCCUGGUCCUGGAGAAAUACUCCCAGAGGAUGUACACGGAGGUGAGGGCACGGCCCAGGGCUCCGCCCUCCUCUCCCUCACACCCGUUCCUUCUGCAAAUGAUAAGCGCCUACUGCAUCCACAGUGGAAGCGGCGCUGCCCUUGAGAGGGGCAGCCUAUUGUGUGAGACAGACUUCGUGAAUGGCGAUGAGCACUGAGGAAGAGAGAAACAGACCAGAGCCAGGGGGACGACAAA